UCUCGACCUCGCCGACCUGCCGCAGGCGCACGCAGUCCCAUUCUCCAAGGGGCAGCAGCAGUAGCAGCAGCACUAGCGCAGCCAAGCCAAGUCCAGCCCGCCUGGACACCCAGCAGAGCCCCGUCGCUCGCUACCCUCCUCCCCACAACCAACUCUCUCUCUAUCUGAAACCUCCCCCGCCGCAGCCAUGGGGUGCAUGAGCAGCAAGCCCAGCCACUACCCGAGCCCCCAGCAGACUGGACGCGCCAACGAGCCCAACUACACGGACCUCACGCGCAACGUGGCCAACGGCGGCUUCUCCGCCAACAAUAACGGCAACGGCCCGCGCCGCCCCCAGCCCACCAAGCGCGACCCGCGCGCCAACCUGAGCGCCUCGAGCGCCGGCAACCGCGCCGACUCGGAGAACUGCUUCCCGGACCUCGUCAAAUUCCGCCUCGAUGAGAGCGAGGUGCUGCUUACCCGCAAGGUCUCGAGCGGCGCCUUUGGCGUCGUGUGGCUGGGCCACUACCACGGCCAGCCCGUGGCCGUCAAGCGCAUGAUCGACGGCGAGGACGAGGCUGUUUCCUUCUCCCGCGAGAUCGAGACCAUGUCCAGACUGUCGCACCCCAAGAUCGUGCGCUUCAUUGGCUGCACGUGGACCAACAAGAAGGAUCUGGGCGGCGUGUCCGAGUACAUGGAUGGCGGCGAUGUCCGCACGCUGCUGGAGACCCGCAAGAUCGAGCUGAGCUGGAAGAAGGAGAAGAUCUCCAUCGCCAUUGACAUUGCCGAGGCGCUCGCCUACAUGCACUCGCGCUCGCCCAAGAUCAUCCACCGCGACCUCAAGUCCCGCAACGUGCUGCUGAACACGAGCAUGGUGGCCAAGCUGAGCGACUUUGGUCUCAGCCGCAACCGCACGUACGAGGAGACGCUCACCGCUGGCGUCGGCACGGUGCGCUGGACGGCGCCCGAGGUGAUGCUCGGCGACAACUACAGCGAGCAGGCCGAUGUGUACUCUUUCGGUGUGGUGCUGAGCGAGCUGGACACGCGCGAGAUUCCGUUCGAGGAGAAGAGCAGCAAGACAGGAGCAGGCGGCGCGCCCGACAUGGCCAUCGUCAUCAAGGUGGCCAAGGGCGAGCUGCGACCAAGCUUCGCCCCCGACUGCCCGGACGUGAUUCUGCGCAUUGCGCGUGCUUGUCUGCAGUUCGACCCGGCACUUCGUCCUGACAGCGAGUCCGUCGUGCAGAUGCUCAACGACGCGCGUGUUCAGCUCCAGGCGAUGUCAUAACCGUAGCACGCAGAACCCAAUGACCUCACGCAACAGCGUCUUAUAGCAGCAACGGAAGCUGCUACCGUCCUCUCUUCCUGUCGCGUAUGAACUGACGCGGGUGUGACUCGGCAGCACGAAUCGAAGUGUUCUGAGCGUUUCUCGACUAAGACGACAGACCGCCAGUGUGAUGUGGUGGAACCAACGAUAGGGACGAGAGAGGAAGGUCGGGUGGAUGUCUUGCGCUGCGCCAAUUGGGGUCGAGAAACGACAGGGAUGGUAGAUUUGAUUUGGUUGGGUCAGGAGUGAGCGAGUGGGCUGGUGGCUCGGAAUGAUCGAUGGGAGUCGGCGGUGACUGGCUUCGCGAGACAUAGAUACUCGCGCGACGCCCCCCCGCGCGCUUAUCGGCACCCCGCAUUAACGGCUUGUUCCUUUGUUUAAUUUUUAACACCAUUGUUCUUGGAUGAGUUCCUUGUUUUGUCUUGCUCAAGCUUACAAGCUUACAGACGUGAAUGUUUCUGCAUAUUGCUAACAAUCAAAACUCGCCGCACUCUAACGCGACUUGACGCGGUAAAUCCGAACCAUCCACGCGUCCGAGGUAAACACGUGCUCGAAGUUGUGGAGCUCAAUAUCGCGCGUCGGGAUUCUUAAUCGGCGGUUCAUAUCCCAGCCAAAUACUGGAUCAUCGCCUUCUUGAGCCGGCGCACGCUCUACUUGGUUGAACUCGAAGUAGCUCAGCUUGUAGAGAACGCUCUGCGUCAUGGCAAGCGUCGCAUUCUCGUGGAAAAUGUAGCGGCCAUUCACUUGGAACUCGGACUCGAUCACAUCGUCUGGAAACACGCCUUCCGAAAUCUUGACAAUCCAUGGGAGUUUGUCGAGAUCAUCGC